AUGAGCUAUAACAGAGACGGAAGGUACCAUGAACCGCACUUCAAAAAGCAUCACAGCAGCAGAAGCCGCUACAGAGGUGAUAAAUAUUACAGAUCUGGCCACCACUCACAUACGAAGAGAAGAAGGAGUUCGUAUUCUAGAGAGGAAUAUCAUGAAUCUAAAGAGAGAAAGUUCUCAGUAUCUGUCCACAGAUCUCCCUCUUCUGAUAAGAAGUCUGAAGUAAUUGAUCUUUACAAGCCUGGAUGGGUGGAAGAAAUUCAGAAGGAAAGUAUUCAGCUCCAGAAUGAAGCUCUCAAGCUCCCUGAAUUAGAACAAAUGACUCCUCAAGAAAACAAUGCUAAUAAAGAAAACCAAAAUUGGAUCAAGAAACGGGGGAUUGACUAUCUUAGGGAAGAGUUUAGAAAAGCAGAAUACUUUAAAGCAAUAAAUCCUGACAAAGCCAAUGCUGAAGUCCUAAAUGUCAGCUUACAGCCAACUGUGAAAUUAACAAAAAUCUUGAACUUGCUAGAAAUGACAAAGCUUAUGCUAGACGAGGUGUUAUAAGCUCUAAUUAUGC